AUGAAGAAACUCGUUCAGAAAGCGACAAAGUAUAUUGACCGACGCCUACGAAUAAACUUUAAAGUGGUGUCGCAGAGCAUUCUUGGCGAGUUCAACCGCGAACAGGACGCGUUCAUCAAAGGCCAAGAGAAGGAAGGGGGUGCUGCAACUGCUCCAUGGAUUGGCGCUCCCAAUGAGGCUUCGCUUAAAGAGGAGUGCGUGUCACUUUCAACUGACCGACGGAACUUCGUGCGCGCCCCACCGGCGGGUGUAGAGUUCGACUUUGACUACGACAAAAUGUACCCAGUGGCCGUAGCUAUCAUGGCGGAGGAUCCCAACCUUGAGAAAAUGCGUUUCGACCUGGUACCUAAAGUUAUAACAGAGGAGAACUUCUGGCGGAACUAUUUCUACCGCGUGUCCCUCAUCUGUCAGGCCAACGAGGCUGACGCAGUCGCUCGCCAGUCUAGCGCUGACGACUCGCAGGACAGUAAAUCGGCAAGCGAGGAUCUAAUAGAGAAAGAGAGUCAAUCGAUUGAUGACGUCAAGAAAAGAAUUAAAUCUUUGAAAGUCGAUAGAGAUGAUGAGCAGUGGGAAAAAGAAUUGGAGGCUGAAUUAAAGGAAUAUGAGGUUGUUGCUGAAAAGUCUGGCGAUGAUAAGUGGGAGAAAGAGUGCGAAGAUCUUCUCGGGGAAGAGAUGGAUCUUAAGUAG